UUUUAUCUGAAGGUGACGGCAGAUUCCGUUUUAAUCCCACACGAUACAGGCAGUCUAGGCUUUUAUAUCCCCUACUCUGCUAAAGCCAGUAUAUAUUAUAUAUAAAUAUAUAUACUAACCGACAUAUAAAUAUCACAUAUACAAACACGCCAUUUAUAUUCCUCGGGUGGGUGAACCCAGAUCUCAAGAUGCCGUAUGCCAACCUCAAAGCCGGUCACAAAUUGUACUAUGACGAGUUUGGUGCCUCCGCAGGCGAAGCCAUCGUGUUGGUGAUGGGCCUGAACACCCAGUGCAUUGCUUGGGAUGAUGAUUUCUGUGAAUUACUCUCCAACGAUAAAAAAUAUCGCGUGGUGAGGUUUGAUAACCGGGACAUCGGUCUUUCGGAUAAAUUUGAAACCAAAGAGAAGUAUAACAUUGCGGCGGCAUAUUUUAAACAGAUGCUGCGUAUGAAGAUCAAGGCUCCAUACUCUCUCGUGGAUAUGUCGAACGAUGUGUUCGGGCUGAUGGAUUGCCUGAACAUAGACAGAGCUCAUAUAGUUGGCGCCUCUAUGGGUGGAAUGAUCUCCCAAAUCUGUGCUCUACAGAAUCAGUCGCGGGUGUUGUCAAUGACGUCCAUCAUGAGCACCACCAGUGCGCAUAAUCUACCCAGUGCUAGGUUCAGCCUGAUCAGAUUAAUGCUUAAGCCAAAGCCGGUAUGUGUGUGUUUGUAUUGAAAGACUACAUGUAGGGGAUGUUCACUGGACUGUGUUCAUAGCAAGUAGAUAUAUAUAAAUAGAUAUGGGCGUGUUUGUCUAUGGCUGUGCUUAUAGCAAGACA